CCCUCACAGUCCAGCAGGCCUCUAAAUUUACUCAGCUAUCCUCAAGCAUCGCUCCUGUGUCCUGUCCUGUCCUCGGUGUCAUGGCUCUCAUUUCCACUCUCACUCCGGUGUUCGUGGCCAUCCUGUGCGUCGUCAUCGCCAUCGUGUUUAAAACACGGCGCGGGUCCGAGUAUUCCUCGUCUGAGAAAUCUUCCAGCGGUGGGGGAAAAAAGACAGAAAACCGGCCGUGGGUGGACGAGGACUUGCAGGACGACACCGAGAUCAGCGGAAGAGAAAACGAGGAAGAUGAUUGGGCAGACACAGGGACAGAAGAUCUCCCCCACGUUCCAUACAAUCCUUGUCGCUACCCAGAGGACAAAAUGCUGGAGCGCUCCAAACAAUUCUACACCCUUUUGAACGAGCGCCGGUCAGUCCGCUGUAUCAGCCCAGAACCUGUCCCUCGAGAGGUGAUCGAUAAUGUGAUACGUGCUGCAGGCACGGCUCCAAGCGGUGCUCACACUGAGCCCUGGACGUUCGUGGUGGUGGCCGACGCCGAGACCAAACACAAAAUCCGGGAGAUCGUGGAAGAGGAAGAAGAAAUCAAUUAUAAACAGAGGAUGGGAGAUAAAUGGGUUCACGACCUGCGUCGACUCCGGACUAACUGGGUGAAGGAGUAUCUUGAAACGGCGCCGUAUCUGAUACUCAUCUUUAAGCAGACAUACGGAAUAAUGGCAGAUGGAAGGAAAAAGACUCACUACUACAAUGAGAUCAGUGUGUCCAUCUCGUGUGGCCUUCUCCUGGCAGCUCUGCAGAACGUGGGUCUGGUGACGGUGACGUCCACGCCUUUAAACUGUGGGCCACAGCUCCGGGUCCUCCUCCACCGUCCAGCCAAUGAAAAGCUGCUCAUGCUCCUUCCUGUCGGCUACCCGGCUCCGGACGCCACAGUACCUGAUCUAACACGCAAGCAACUUGAGGACAUCAUGGUGUUUGUGUGACAUCCCUAAAAAAAUCCAUCUGUCAUCUGUUGUCAGUAGAUAAUGUGACUCAUGUGUGUAGUUCAUGCUUCCAAGGAUUCAAGAUUUUUCUGGAGUCAGUUUUUUUUAAAGCCAGUACUUCCUACACUUCCACAUCCAAAAACAUGGAUAGAAAAUGCAGACUUAAUUCUGUUCAAUGUAACUGAACUUUUUUGUCAAACCCUGCCCACUCUUUCAGACAUACAAGUUAUGUCUGAAGGCUGAUUAUCGCAGUGCACAAUUUCUGUAUUAAAUCCCCACUACACACACUCUUAACUCACCUGCACCUUCAGUAAAUUAACAGUGACACCUAUGUUUUUUUUUUUUUUAAACAGCUAUUAUAUCUGUGCGUCAGAGUUUGUUAAAGGAGCAGUUUGUAUUGUAGUUUGUUGGUAAGUUGCAGCACAAAUAUUGACAUGCCUUCAUCUUUACUUUCCAAAUCCCACUGCAUAAAUUUUAGAUAGCUUUUAAACAAAUGCCGCAGAGCUGAACAGCUUUGACCUGUGUAUGAGCAUGGAUUAUUUCUGUCUCAAAAAAUUUCAAAUUUUUAGAAAAAAAGAAUGAAAUUAUUAAACAAAAAAAAAGCCCAGUAUUGCCAAUUACAGUGUUUCUAUGGUGCAUUUAAAAGUACAUGAUGGUUA